GUCACACUAACUCCAAUGUUGGCGUCUAUUUAGUUUCAAACUGAAAACUAAAAGAUUACAAAUUAAUUUGAGCAAACAUGAAUAGAAAACCCCGCAGUUCGCUGAAACAAGCCGCGACGGACGAAAAUGAUCCUACCAUAAAAGCAGUGAAUCGUCGCAUCAGUUUCAGUGGCAAAAAGUUUGUACGCGAAUUCGAUACCACAGAGAAGCCCCGAGACUAUGACAACUCAUAUGAAAUCUCAGAUCAUACGAAUGGCGACGACAGCCAUGGCACUGGAGCAGCAGCAACCUCAACUCUGCUGCAGCUCACAGCGCGGCAAGGAGACAAGGAGAACGAGAAGAUGACGAGCAUCAGCAUAAGAGAAUCGAUAUCAACACAAUACGAUCAGCAACAACACAACGAUUUCACCCUACAACUGCAGACGAGCGUCAAUCUGACGCUAAUGCCGCACGAAUUGGCCAAAAAUCGACGUCUAACCACUACGAUGCCUAUGGAGUUCGAUAGCUUGUCGCUGUCGGAUGUGGAACGCGAGAAGUUGCGUGAAAAUAGCAUGUAUGGAGUGCCGUUAAGUGAGAAAACUAUGGAUUUAAUGCCACAGAAAAUGUUCAUUGAUGAGCUGGACUGCAAGCAAUCGGCCAAGGGAGACACGAUGUUAAAUACCAUCGAUAUGAGUUGUGUGGCCGACAAGGAAAAUAUUGUGCAACAAAAGACCGUGCUCUUUGAGGACAAUAAUAUAACGUGUGAUUUCAGUGAUAUUGAUCCCCAGCAAAGUGUAGCAGCUGCUGCGGUUGCUGUUAAUGUUGCUGUAACCCCGAAGCAUGAAUCGUUUGCUAUGGAAGAUCGAGAUUGUAUCAACUAUUUGGCUGACGAAUCCACAUCGUCACCAUUGAUACCAUUGGAUGUGAUUAACGAAAACAACAUUAGCAGAAAACUCAACUUUCGGCAGCUUAAUGAUGCCUUAAACGCUGGUCGUAUACAACUAUUUCCCAAUGGACCGAGAACACCAACAACAGAUAAGAUUGUGAAGCCACCACGCUUUUGGCAUGGACUGGAACAGCAGCAGGAUCAACAGGAGUUGCCACUAAGAGAUGCCAUCAAACCGCGUGGCACGCUCAACUUUAGUGAAAGCAUGAUGGUAUCGCCAGUAUCGCAACAACCGAAUAAACCUAUGAAAAAUCCUAUAGAUGAUCCAGUUAGCGGCAAAAAGAAGGAAGAUCAGUUUAAGCGCAACAAUCGCUUUUCCCAGGCUGAUGAAUUUAUGCUGGAUAAUACAAACUUUUUGCUCCACGCCAAAAUGGGCGAUGAAACACAGUCAAGAAAUAGCUCCAAGAGUGCCUCGCGGCGAGAGACCACCUACGAUAAUACUGCCAUGGAACUAGAUGAUCUUGAGAAACAAGAAGCAGCCGUUGUAGCUGCUCUCGAGAAAGUCACACGCCAACAAAAGUUGCAGCGUUCUGAGGCAAUAAAUGAGAGUGAUAUUCAAACUAAUCAAAGACUCAGUAGCACUAUGCAGAUGAAUGAAUCAAUUGAAGUAGACCAAAAUCAAUCACAAUUGGCGAAAGCCAUAGGUACGGAUACGUCUAUUCAAGAGCCUGAACCAGUUGCGGAAAAGGAGUAUGUAAUACGCAGACAAACAAUGCACUUUGCAGAAGCAAUCGACGAAGAUCAGCAGAGUCCUCCAAGGGAUUCGCGUACAGCUGCGCGAAGACAAACAAUGCACUUCGCUGAGGACAUGGAUGAAGAAAUGCAAAGUGCGAAAAAGGAAAAAAAAUUGCCAGUCAACAGACAAUCGUUGUUGAUGGCCGAAUCUAUUUAUGUGGAUGCAGAAAAGCCACAUAAGGAAGCAAAGCCGCAGGCACCAUUCAAAGUCCAAUCGAAUCGUCGCAGACAAACUAUACACUUGGCAGAAGACAUUGAUGAAGACGUCAAUUCGCAAUCUUUAGCUCCUGCAAUGCAUCAGCCAACGAGCGGACGCAGACCAACAAUGCAUUUGGCUGAGCCAAUUGAAGAGGAUGUCGGAAAAGUGUCCAACGAGGUGGCUCCUACUGUUGUACAGGAUUACAAUAUACGUAGACAGACGCUGCACUUCGCUGAAGCCAUUGAUCCACCAAGCCCAUUAAAAAAUGUACAUGCACCUUCUAGAGCUAAAACGAAUUCUCACAGACAAACGUUGUUAAUGGCAGAGCCCAUUGAAGAGGACAGGGUGAAACCGCCACAAAAAGAUCCAUUAAUGGAACCUGCCAAAAAGCAACGCAAGCAAUCUUUAUGCUUUACGGAAGCUAUUGAUAUAGAUAUGCCAAGUCCUAUCAUCGACACACAAUCCAAAUCUCAAGCUGCUCCACCAACACACAAAUCAAAUCAACGCAGAGAGACUUUGCUAAUGUCAGAAUCAAUGGAAGAGGAGAAACAAAAGCCACAGCUAAAAGCUGCAGCAUUGGAGUGUCUAAAAGAAAGAAAGCGACAAACAUUGCACAUGUCUGAACCCAUGGAAGAAGAGCAUAAAUCAGUUGCAUCUGCUAAAAAGGAAUUACCAACAAAAUAUUUGCCGUCUCCACUUGAACACGCUCGGUGUCGACGCAGAGACACAUUGCUAAUGUCAGAAGACAUCGAAGAGGAGGAACAAAAUCCACAACUCGAAACUGAAGCAGUGAAGUAUCCAAAAGAAAGAAAGCGGCAAACAUUACACAUGUCUGAACCCAUGGAAGAGGAGCCUAUGAAAGUGCAGUCAGCUGCUUCUGCUAAAAAGCAUUUACCAACUAAAUACCUGCCUUCUCCGCUUGAACACGCAUCAAGUCGACGAAGAGAGACAUUGCUAAUGGCAGAGGCCAUUGAAGAGGAGGAGAUGAACCCACAAAUAGAAACUACAGCAGUAGAGCACCCAAAAGAAAGAAGGCGACAAACAUUGCACAUGUCUGAACCCAUGGAAGAGGAGCCAAACAGAGUACAGUCAAUUUCUUCUUUUAGCCAACGUAAAGCAGAUUUAACAAAGCAAUUACCAACCAAAUAUCUGCCUUCUCCACUUGAACUCGCAUCAAGUCGACGCAGAGAGACAUUGUUAAUGUCGGAAGCCAUCGAAGAGGAGGAACUUAACCCCCAACUUCCGACUGCUGAAAUGGAACAUCAGUCGAACAGACGGCAAACAUUGCUCUUAGCGGAGCCCAUCGAAGAAGAUCUAAUGAAAUCAGAAACGAUCACACAGAAGGAAUAUCAAACCAGUCAACGCAAAACCGAUUACAGAAAGCAUUUACCAAAUAAACAUCUGCCUUCUCCACUCGAACACGCAUCAAGUAGACGCAGGGAAACAUUGUUGAUGGCUGAACCCAUCGAGGAAGAAGCAAUGCAACCAGCAGCUGAUAAUGGAGAACAGUCAAAAAGCAGACGCAGACAAACAUUGCAUCUGUCCGAACCUAUUGAAGAGGAGCCAAUGCAAUUAAAGCCAUUAACUGCUGGACACCGAGCCAAGCCUUUAUAUGUUGGGAAAGCAAGUGAGGAAUAUAUUUCAGUUGCUCCAAGUACGCAUAAGAUUGAGCAACCGUUCAAGCCAAACAGACAAACAAUGCACUUGGCUGAGCCCAUCAUAGAAGACUUGCCAAAUAUUUCAAGUGAUCCUGGAGAAAAGCCCGCUUCCUUUGCUGUACAGACUCACAGCAUUCGCAAACAGACGCUGCACUUUGAGGAGGAAAUGCAAGAAACAGGAACUAAUGCAAUGAAAGAAAUUAACAAUAGAAACAGGCAAACAAUGCACUUAGCUGAACCCAUAGAAGUCGACUUGCUUAUUAUACCAAAUGAUCCUAAAGCAAAGUUGGCUCCUCCUGCUGUAAAGCCACACGGUAUUCGCAGACAGACACUCCACUUUGAGGAGGAAAUUGAAGAAGACAUUCAGCCCAUACAACGCGAAAUGAUAAAUGAGGGAGUUUCUUCAAUGGAAGAAAAGAGCAACAAACGCACACAAACGAUGCAUAUGGCAGAGCCAAUGGAAGAGGAGGCAGUCAAUGUACCAAUUAAUCUUAAAGCAAAAUGUGCUUCUUUUGCUCUGCAGAUGCAAAGAAUUCAUAGACAGACACUGCACUUUGAGGAGGAAAUGGAAGAAGAGAUUCAACCCCUUCAGCGUGAAAUGCAUUCAAGUGUAGGAGGUGGUUCACUAGAACAAAAAAGCAAUAAACAUAGACAAACACUACACUUGGCUGAACCCAUCGAAGAGGACUCCUUCAGUGGAAACAUUAAACAAGCGGCUGCUCCUAUAGAUUCUCGCCAGGAGCAGCGCCCAACGCUGCAUUUGAGGGAAGUAAUUAAAAAGGAGCCGACCUCGAAAAGCAAUCAACGACAAACUCUAGCUCUAGCUAUCGAUGACAGUUGCAUUAAAAUAGUCCCCACAUAUCCAGCAUUGCUAAAGCCUCACCAGACAUUAUGUAUGUCCGUAGAUAUGAAUGAAGAUGACAUGCCAGCAACUACACCGCCUGAGCCAAGUAGCAUCCAACCAAGAAUGACGUUUCUUGAGAAUAUGGAUUUGGAAUUUCUCAGCCCAGUUGCAGACAAGGCCGGUUGCGAUUCUCCUUCAGAUUCGGGCGAAUGGCUUGCGCAAAAGAAUGCCAAGUUGCGUAAAACUUGGGUGAAUCCCAACAAUGAUAAAACAGAAAGCAGAAAAGUGACUAUAGAAACCCCCAAAAACAAGAAAAUGAUGCAACGAAGCUGUCUCCACAUCACACCUGGUCGUUCAAUUAUCGAAUACGAAGACUUGGAGGAGAUGUGUAAUAUCGACAUCUCCGAAGUAGCAACGACAAAUGCUGCAUCGAAACAGUCUGUGGACAUGGAAGUGGAUAAAUCCAUCUUUGGUACGCCAUUGGCAUCCUUUAACGUCAAACGAUUGCCUACUCAUUUGACUCCAAAUCUGCCACAACCAAAGAAACGCAAUACACAAUACUCUGAAAUACAAAACGAUUCAAACAACUCUCAAAUUCAGUUGGAUAUAACAGUUAAAGAAACAGAUACACAUCUUUCAACUAGCAGGAACAAAUCACAUAUUCCUGUGCUUCGCAAAUCCUUGAACUCGCCAUAUUCAGAAACCGAACAGAUAGAUGGCACUGUUCAAAUGGUUAGAGCGCAAAUGAUACGCCAAACACGUAGCCUUUUCUGUGUAGAGACCUUGCGACCCAUGGAACAAAAUUUAAAAGAACGAACAAUAGCAACUUAUGAGGACAACCCGAUUACCAUAUCCGAUGUGUCAAGUCAUUUUGCAGCACAAAAGGAACUGGCCAAGCAGGAUGCAAAGAACACUUCAAGCACCAGCGGCAGCUCCAACGAGAAUAGCAAUAAAAGCUAUGGAAGAUCGCACAAAAAGUUUCUCAAUCUCAGCGGUGAUACGGAAAUCUUUGACGCCGCUGAAGUUAUUGACUUGUCGCUCGAAGACAAUGAAAUUGAAAAGACGCGGCUGAGUUUGGUAUCAACCUUGAUAGACGAGGAGGAAGCCAGCAUUGUUGAUGGCGUUGGUAUCGAACUCAAGGCGGACCCUGAACUUAUAACUGAGCCUGAGGCAUGCCUCGAGCGAGUAAAUCCACCAGCGGCAGCUGGGUCUGUGGAUGCGUGCAAGAAAUGCACACAUUGCAGACGAUCUUUAAGUGGAACGCUGGAAAAUGGAACAGAUGAAACAUUUGAGUUACCAAAUUGGAAUGCGCUUGAGCUGGGACUUGAGCGAUUGAAGCGUUUGCGACAACAUCCAACGCUUGAUGAUGUCGAAAGAUAUUUUGAACUCAAGGAUAUGGAACGGUAUUCCAGUGCUAGUGAUCUCAGCGAAUCAUCCGAUGAGGAUACACAUCGCAUAACACUACAAGAUUUGCUUGCUGAUUUCAAGCGCAAAUGUGAGGAAAUGUUGAAAAAUUUGCCCGAACCUGUUAUAGUCGGGUCUUAUGCCAAACGAUUGAAAACCGCACUGCAAGAACAGUUACCUCGAUGGAUUUUCGAUUGUGAACUCCAAUGCGAUCGUCAAUAUAUCGUCACGCAUAAGACAAUUAGCACAUUUCGCUUGGUUAUCAACUAUGAACCGCUGGAUAUUAUGGAAACUGAUAUAAAAGUGCGCAAAAUAAAAGCCACGACUUUUAACACCAUUAUUACAAAGUCCCAAUGGGGAGUACUUUCGCAUCUGAUGGACUUUCAGUUAAGGCUUGCACUGCCAUUGAAUCUCAUGAUACUUUUAGAUGGCAAUAAAGUGGAUGAUGUCGUGAAAUUUCUAAAACACAUCGAUAGUAUUUGCGUGAAGACCAAAAAGUUAUGCAAUGAUCUGCGCUUGUUAUUAAUAUCAAAACAGGCCCUGCUCAUAAGGCAACCCAAUCGCACUGUAGUCAGAAAAACUAUUCGAAAAAUGACUCGAACAAAGGAUGAGGCACACUCUCGCUAUGAGAAAACAAAUUUUAUCAUUGAAAUCACUAAUGUGGAGAAGCUAUCAUUUGAAAAUAUUCUUGAGCCGCCGCUGUAUCAUUUCGAUGAAAAAAUUCAGUUCCUACCAAAGGGCAUUGCUUUUCUGGAUACAUUCCUUGAACAUCCGGAACAAUAUCUUAAGCCAAUAACUCAACCAACUAACUAA